AUGCGCUGGGGCAACCUGAGCCUAGCCGAACAAGAUGAGCGUCUCGUGGCAGAGUGGUGGUACCUGGGGCUAUCGGUUAUUCCGCUUGUGUGCAUUAUGGGCAACUGCAUGGUGGUGGCAGCCGUCUGGACUACGCGGUCGCUACAAACUCCUACCAAUCAUUUACUAGUAUCACUUGCCGUCGCCGAUCUGAUCGUUGGCGCCUUUGUGAUGCCAUUUAGCAUUUAUUUAUCGAUUAACGGCCUUCACUGGCACCUCCCCCAAUUCAUCUGCCAUUUCUAUUGUGUCGUCGAUGUCGCGGCGAGUACUGCUUCUAUCGUCCAUCUUGUCUUAAUUAGUAUCGAUCGGUUGGUAGCUGCUACAAAACCGGCCGAGUAUAAGACGCCAAAACAUCGGCGGCGAGUUCACGUCUCCAUCGCGUGCACUUGGAUUUUUAGUAUAUGUAUGGCGCUGCCGUUAGGCACCGGUUUCAACACCCCAGCGAUGCAAAGCGUGAUAGGUAUCGCCCCCAAGAAUCGUAACAUGAUCACCUGGGAGAAGCCACUUCUUCGAAAAAUCGAGGAAACCGCAGCUGAACACGCGAGCUCGCUGAAUGACUCGGAGAGGGAGCAGCUUCAAACCAUCCUCGAAGCUGUUCAACCAUCCUCUACAAAUAGCCAAGAAAACUCGAUGAUGGACGAUGAUUCGGAUAGGCCGCCUUCUGUGUUGCUAGAGGCCGUGACACUUCAUCAAGAGAUGGAACGCGAUCGCGAGAGUCCACUUGGACCUGUGCUGCAAGUGCCGAGGCCAGCUUAUGCGAAGAACGUCUCUCGCCGCUUCUCCGAAGCGUUGGGCAAGAACUCCUUCUCUAAGAAGGGCGUUCAGUUGGGGCUCCAGUCCCAGAAACGCCGGCAUUCCGAGCAGAUACGCCGGAAAUCGAAGGAUCGGACAGACGCACCAAGGAGUAGCCGAGAUAAUACGCUGAAGCCGCCGUUGAGCAAAACGUUCAGCCUGCCGGCUGACCCGGAGGCCACGUCGAUCGCCCGCCAAAUUGACCUCAACUCAGAGGCGGAAAAGCGGAAGAUGCGGAGGUUGUCGGAGAUGAUCUCGGAUUGGGAACGACCGAGCAGAAGCUCCCUGUCCCAUAUGUACAGCUUUGCCAGAAGAGAGUCUGUGUACAUUGCCAGGAAGAAGCUCGCUGGACUGAAGGACUGGGCCCUCGACCUCCUAGCGAAGCUAAAAAGCAAGCAGGGGAUGGCGAUUCGUCGUGAGACCCGAGCCACGAAGCUGGUGGCAACUGUCAUGGUCGUCUUCCUCGUCUGCUGGCUCCCCUUCUUCACCCUCAACAUGGUCAAAAUCUACAAACUUAUCCGAGAAGACUGGUCGACCGAGCUAGAAGUCUGGUUCCACUGGUUCACGGCCCUCGGAUAUCUGAACUCCUCCCUCAACUUUUUCAUCUAUUCUGCGAUUAACCAAUGCCUCGUCGCUUCCAGGCUGCUCCACAACAACCGCCAACCGGCCAUCCAAAAGCCCGAGAUCAUCGUCGAUGAAAUUUCGCGGGAGAAGCGCUGCUCGAUCACAACCGGCGGGCAGACGACAUUCCGACGCUCCUCCGACGACUCGGAACGACUCCGACGUUCCUCCUCCGAAAUGAUCAAUCCGCUGGGCCGAAUGCCAGUUCCCCAACAAAACAGCGGUCCUUCCGGCAUCUCGAGCAACCGGCGCGGAUCCGGAAUGUCCGUCUCCUCAGCGUCUCUCCAGAUCCACGAGCUCCGCCAGGAGUUCCAAGCCCUCCACGGCGAUCAGCAAGAAGUCGAAAUUUUUGUC